GGCAAGAAAACCAGAAAAUUAAGCAUAUUUUUGUGAUUCGAGAAAUGCAAUCGGAUAGUUUAAUUAGGAGCGAAUCUGUUGGAAUUAAUAAAACUGGUGUUUCGAUUCACCCCUGGUCGCUGUUAAAGUGGAAACAUAACGAGUGUGACGUGUGUGGUAGUCUAGAAAGGGAACUUUUAUUCGAAGAUUGUCUACAUACGCCUAAAUGUGACUCUCCGGAAGAGGUUAAUAAACAAAAACAAAUAUUUAAUCUUCGAGAUUUUAAAAUAUUAAAAGGAGAAGAUAUUACAGAUGUUCCUACUUCGUAUAUUGUCAGUGACAUUCAAUCUCACGAACUUCCAGUCAUAGGUACGUAUGUAGAUCGGCGCAUCGUACCUGGUUUCAGGUAUCGUGUACGCCUUAUCAAUACAGAAAACUAUCUGUUUGGUGGUGAGGCACUUUGGCUUAAAACUGUUGGAAUGGGGUAUGGCAAACGACUGACGUUUCACGAUGGAAACCUUAAUAAAAAUCGUAGCUAUUUUUGGUCGGACAGUUAUGCUGAUGGAUAUUGUUUCUCCAUACAAGUGGUACGACCCGGAGAUAAAUAUCAAAUAGUAUCGAGAAAUAAAAAUGUUACGGUUACAAAAACCGAUAGCAGGCAAGAGGAGAUAUCCGAAGAAGUAACAGACAAUGGUGUAUACGUUAAAAAAAUUCGGGUGAGAUUUUGGUGUUCGGAAAACAACACCUCGGAUGUUUGUUAUUGUGGAGUAGCCACUGUUAUCAAAUCUCCCGAAUCUUUAAUGGCUUCUGUGAAAGCGAUAAUAUGCCAAGAGUAUCCGUUUACAAAUUGUACUUUGGUGCCCUCUUACAAACCAAAAACGUCUUCUUGGGAGAAAUUCGAAUGUUAACCCAUUCGCCAUGUGCCAAACAAUUUAAUAAAAAUACAUCUGUACAUAGGCCCCCCUUUUAUACACGUUAAAAAAAACUCUGUUACAUUAUCCUAAAUGACUUUAUUUAUGUAAGAAAUUUGAA